AAAAAAAAAACAAAAUGGAGUUGAGAAAGCAGCAAAGCAGGAAGUGGAGCUACCUGUUGUAGUUGCGGGUCGGGAAAAGUACCCAUGAGACCAGUGGUUAUACUAGUGAAGAAAACUGUGCCGACUGUGAAAGAACGUUUUUAGAUUCCUCUUCUCUUUCGUUUUUUUUGAAAGAUUAAGUGAAUCUCUUGAAGAUGCAUCGGUUUGACACUUCCGCAUUGAACGUGAUGUGACCUUACUCUUGGAUCAUUUUUGCAGUUUUCCUGGAUUCACGUACUAAUCUUUGAACACUGUAUUCAUCACGGAAACUCUGUGUGGUGAACAGUAGUGGAGUUGUUUGAAAUGUUUGGGGAAUUCUGCUCUCAGUUUUCCUACUCUGAUAGUUGACGAUGAACAUUGAUGGAGACACCAACCAGCUCCCGACAUGGCGCCUGUGGGGGGAGGAGAAAACAGAAGGAGCCGUCUACGCUGUCUACUUGAAGAAAGUGCGCUACCAUGUACCCAGCAAAGCAAUUAGCGACUCUGAAGAUGAUAUAUCUCAUCUGGAGUGGGAAACGGUCCGAGUCCGGCUUAUCAAGGCCGGGACUUUGGAGAAGUUGGUGGAGAGUCUAGCCUCCGACACUGGAGAGCUUGAGUCGACGUACGUCAACGUUUUUCUAGCUACUUACCGUACCUUCAGCACGGCCAACCAAAUACUGGGACUCGUAGCCAAACGAUAUGCGGACCUUAAUCACCCGACCGUCAUGGAAGCCGUGCGUUUGCAGCACAAAAAAACUCUUCGAAGCACUUUGCAUGUCUGGUUGGAUGCAUUCCCGGAAGACUUCCGAGACCCACCCGAUUACCCAUUGCUCAACCAAUUUUUGGCUUUUUGUGAACAACACGCCAAGGACAGUGAACUCCAUUUUAAAGUGAAACACCGAAUGGAACGCUUGAUCAAAAACCCCGAACCAAUCGAUCAAUCCCCAAGCAUCCAGCGUAUUUUGGCUACCAACCCCGAUCUAACUUACAGCGGUAACGACUCGAACGGUGGUAGUUCGGUCAACGGCAUCUGCAACAGCGGUGAUAAUACGGCCGAUGCCAGCCUACACGCCAUCUUUCUCGAACUGCCUGAAAAACACAUGGCCGAACAACUGACCAGACUCGAUACGGAAUUAUUUAAACGAGUCAUACCGCACCAAUGCCUGGGAGCUGUUUGGUCGAGGCGAGAUCGCGACAAGGGCAAAAUCGGAAAGGGCGCUCGCUCCUCCGAGGCUUCAUCCGUUGCGGCUACGGUCGAACAAUUCAAUGCCGUCUCUUACCGCGUCAUCAGUACGAUAUUGGUCGGGUCAACAGAGCCAAAAUCGCAACAAAGGGCUCGAGUUAUAGCCAAGUGGAUUGACGUCGCACAGGAAUUACGGGUUCUCAAGAAUUUCUCAUCGCUGAAGGCCAUCAUAUCGGCGCUACAGUCUAAUCCCAUCUACAGACUCAAACACGUUUGGGCAAACGUUCCCAAGGAGAAAGUAGAAGUAUACGAGGAAUUGGCCAGGAUAUUCAGCGAGGAAAACAAUCAAUCGGCGCAGAGAGAGUUGCUGAUGAAGGAAGGAACGGCCAAGUUCGCUGAAACGGCCGGAGAAAAUGACCGGCAAAUGCAAAAGGUUAUCCAAAAGCAGGCCAGCCACUCCAACCUGAUAAGUCACGGAACCAUUCCUUAUUUGGGAACGUUCUUGACGGAUUUAACGAUGAUUGACACGGCCAUUCCGGACACGACCGCUGAUGGUUUAAUCAAUUUCGACAAAAGAAGAAAGGAAUUUGAAGUUCUUGCGCAAAUCAAAUUGUUGCAAGGGGCAGCUAAUUCAUACCAAAUAGCCACCGACGCCCGUUUCGAACGCUGGUUCGAAUCCCUAAUGGUGCUGGACGAUCGGGAGGCCUACGAAUUGUCUUGCAACCUGGAGCCCUGUAGCUCGGGCCCCAGUUCUGCGCGCAAUAGCGAGAAAUUCCCCCGACGUAAGCCCAAUGGUUACGGCCACCGCAAAAAUGACUCAAUCGCAAGUACGUCGAGCAGCUCUAGCAGUCAGUUCCUUUCAGAACUCGAUGGUGCCAAUAGCGCCAAUCUUUCGCUCGGUGAAAGCUCUGCAUCUCUUGAACAGAAAAUGUUCCACACGCAUUUAUCGUCUUCAUCGAGCAGCUCUUCGCUCCCGUCGUUGGAUGUGUCGGUGAGCAGUAGUGGAGGCGGGACCACGGGACUCAGUGUUGGUACCCAUUCGUCUUCACAGAACGCGACACCAAGUAAAGCUGGCAGUUUGCCUCGCGGAGUGACGCCCCCUUACAGCGUCAGCCCGAUGAGGACGCCGGAUUUUUACGUGAUUCGCGUUUCGAUCGCCACUCCGUCCAAAGAAACGGAGGGUAUCAAUCUCUAUAAGAGCAUCAUGGUCAGCAAUCACGAAAGAAGUCCUCAGGUCAUUCGCAACGCCAUGGUGAAGCACGGUCUUGAGGGUAACCCAGAGGAAUACACACUAGCUCAACUUUUACCCAAAGGAGAAAUGGUUCUGCCCUCCAACGCUAACGUCUACUACGCCAUCAAUACCAGUUGCGAUUUAAAUUUUAUUCUACGACCCAGAGGCGAAUCGGCUCAUCAAAACACUCCUCCCGGGUCGGGUUCCGCUUCCGGUCGCUCCACUCCCACUCGCCUUCGAAUGCGGGACUGCCACAAAGACUCGUCCACCAAGGACACACUGAAAGCACGGAAAAAGAUUCUCUCUCUUGGUUUGUAGAAUGAAUCCAAUCUCCACUUGUAUAUUAAUAUUAUUAUUAUUAUUUUCUGAUCUGAUGAGAUAACGACAGCAGAAGCAGCGAUUUCUCUUUUAUUUUGUUCUAUUCGUCUUCCCUCGUCUGCCCCCUCCUUUUUUUUUAUAUACAUGGUAUACAUCAUUCUAUUUUCAUAAUGUGAUAACGAUGAAUCUUUCAAAGAAUUGUGCGUACUUUAUUGCAAUCAAAAUGUGUUAACUGCAUGCAAUGAUGAUUGUGUCUGUUUGCGUACCUUGUUUGAUAUAUCUAUGACUUAAAAAUGUGUGAAGCAGCACCUGCGUAAAUUACCGCACUAUCUUCCAUCUGCGUGAUCUGGACCAAUUUAAACCCGGGCUCAUUUUGUUCUUUUCUUCUUCCAAAUAUUUGCAUCAUCAACGAAUUCUAAAGCGGCUUUUUACAUGUUACUCGACAAAUUUUGAUUUAUCUUUCUUCAAAGCAGCCCCGUGUUCGAUUUCAAGUGUCCUGUGAGAUUCUGUUAUUUUUUUUUUCCCGCGCAUCUGCAACGAUGUCAAUAAAAUCAUUUACUAUCUA